AUGAAAGUUGGUGCUUCACAAUAUUUCUCAAUGGAGUGGCCUUUAGUGAGGUCUUUACUGUGGGUUUUAGUAAUUUUUGCUCACAUUCAUGAGCUGAGAGCUUGCAUUGAGGAAGAGAGGAUGGGUCUGCUAGAAUUGAAGGCAUAUCUGAAAUCCAAUACUAAUUAUACAGAACCCCUUCUUCCAUCAUGGGUUUACGACCUAAAGAGUGAGUGUUGUAAUUGGGAGCGGGUCAAAUGUAAUGACACCACUGGCUACGUGAUCAAGCUUUGGCUCUCCAAUAUAAACCAUGAAACUUACAUCUAUGCUGACAAUGAAAAUUGGUUCUUGAAAGAGUCCUUGUUGCAGCCUUUCAAGGAGUUAAGAAUUCUUGAUUUAUCUCGCAAUGGAAUUCGUGGUUGGCAAGGAAAUAAAGAAUGGAAUUCUUUGCCUAAAUUGAACAAGCUAAAGCACAUAGAUUUAAGUUGGAAUCUCUUGCAAAAGGACAUUUUAAGAUUUUUGGGUGCACUCCCAGAUCUUAAAUAUCUAGACCUAAGUUACAAUGAAAUGCAAGGGCCUCUUUCUAGCAAAGGGUACUUUACUACAAAGAAUUCUUUAAAUCCUAAUUUUUCCUUCAAUAUGACUAAUGUAAUUCUCUUCACCUAUGAUUUAGAACUGAGUAAUCUAAGAAAUUUGGAGGUACUCAUUGUGCGAGAGAAUCGACUCAAAGGAAGCCUACCAUUCAAGGAUAUGACAAAUUUCAGAAGUUUGGAGAUUUUAGAUAUGAGUGGUAAUAUGUUCACUGGAAUUCUUUCUCCAUAUAUUGGGACACUAUCUUCUCUCAAGGCUGUAUCAUUAUCUCAAAAUAAACUCCACGGGAAUUUACAUGCUAAAGAUUUGGGUAUGUUGAAGAAACUUGAAGAGUUAGAUCUUUCUGACAAUCACUUUGAAUGGAUCCUCCCUCCAUGCCUAAGUCGUUUGACAUCUCUUAGGUUAUUAGAUCUAUCUGAGAACCAAUUCAGUGGAAAUUUGUCUUCAUCUGUGAUAGCCAACUUGACAACCCUUGAGUACAUUGAUCUUAGUUAUAAUCGUUUUGGGGGUUUAUUAUCAUUCAGCUCAUUUGCCAAUCACUCUAAGCUCAAAGUGAUUCGAUUUAAAGGUGAAAACUACCAGAUUGAAGACGGUAACAAAAUUGUGAGUGAAAACAACACAUUUGAGAUCGAAACUGAAAAUCCCAGUUGGGAACCUUCGUUUCAGUUAAAGGUGCUAGUGCUGCCUAACUGUGAUCUGAAUAAGUUAUCCUCCAACAUUCCAAAGUUUCUCUUUUACCAGCAAGAAUUGGAAUUGGUUGAUAUCUCUCACAAUAGGUUGAAGGGAAGCUUCCCUGUUUGGUUGAUUGAAAAUAAUACAAGAUUGCAAUUGCUAAAUCUUCGGGAUAAUUAUUUUGGGGGUCAAUUUCACUUGCCAAUAGCUCACUGCAAUAAUCUUUCUUGGUUGGAUUUCUCUUACAAUAACUUUAAUGGGCAGUUGCAGGAAACUAUUGGAAAGGUGAUUCCAAACUUACAAUAUCUAAAUAUAUCUCAAAAUCAUUUUGAAGGUUUUCUCCCAUCCUCAAUUGGUGACAUAAGUAAUUUGGAGAAAUUGGACUUGUCCAAUAAUAAUUUUUCAGGAGAGGUGCCAAUGAAAUUGGUUGCCAAUUGCACCUCCUUGGUGGUUUUGAAGUUAUCUUAUAAUAAAUUUCAUGGUGAAAUUUUCUCAAAGGGAUUCCGAUUUUUUAACAAUAGCUUACGUAUUUUGGAAUUAAAAAACAAUCAGUUUAUAGGUACUUUGCCAGCUAUGGUACCAACAGCUGGUAGUCACUUGGGGCUCCUAGAUAUUAGCAACAACGGCUUCUCAGGUUUAAUUCCAAGAUGGCUGGUAGGAAAUCUGCAGUACUUAUGGUCUCUAGACAUGAGUAAUAAUUUUUUCGAAGGUCCAAUUCCAUGUGAAAUGCAUGCAUAUAUUUUCAAAGACCUUUCUCAUAACUUGCUUUCUGGAUGGUCACCUUCUUGCGUUGAUUUAUAUAUUAUUCGACAUCUAUUUUUACAAGGCAACAAACUCACUGGAUCAUUACCGAAACUUUCUUUCAAUUUUUCAUUUCAUCUGGUGACAUUGGACAUUAGAGAUAAUAAAUUUUCUGGUAGAAUCCCUAAUGAAGUGGGCGUGCUUUCAAAUUUAAGAAUAUUGCUGUUGAGUGGCAACAAUUUUAGUGGUAUGAUUCCGGACAAGCUGUGUUGGUUAAAGAAUAUUGCCAUAAUGGAUCUUUCUAGGAACAAUUUUUCUGGAACAAUACCGCAUUGCUUUCACGACCUAAAAUUUGAGAAGAUAGAUGCUUUUGAUGCCCUUCCUGAACCAAAUUCCACAUUUUUGGAGUUCAGAGAUAUAAUUGUCCCAUAUCAAAGUAUCCUCAAAAGGAAUUUUGAAAAUUUUGAGGUAGAACGAGAAGUUGCUGCACAAAUUGGGAUUGAGUUUGUAACGAAAUAUAGAUCUUACUUCUACAAGGGUGGCAUUCUUGAUCUCAUGUCUGGAUUGGAUUUGUCAGUCAACAAACUAACAGGUGGCAUCCCUCCAGAGUUAGGACAACUAUCUCCAAUUCUUGCACUAAACUUGUCUUACAAUCAGUUGACAGGUUCCAUACCAAAUACAUUCUCAAAAUUGACUAGUUUGGAGAGUUUGGACCUUUCUCACAACAAUUUGAGUGGAGAAAUUCCUUCAACAUUGAUUGAUCUGCACUUUCUAGAAGUUUUCAGUGUGGCUUAUAACAACUUAUCAAGUAAAGUUCCAGACAUGAAAGAACAAUUUGGAACAUUUCAAAAUAGCAGUUAUGAAGGAAAUCCAUUUCUUUGUGGACCACCACUAGAGAAAAGUUGCGCCAGGGUUGAUAAAUCACCUCCAUCACCAAUAAAAUCUUCAAAUGCAAGUCACGGAAAAUGGUAUGAUGUGGAUCCUUUAGUCUUCUCCACAACUUUUAUUGUAUCAUAUAUUAUUUUCUUUAUUGGUGUAGCUUGUAUUCUUUAUAUUAAUCCUUAUUGGCAACAACGAUGCUUCAAUUUGAUUGAGAAUCGAAUGUACUGGUGCUAUAAUUUUGCAUUUUAUAUGCUAGAAAGGUUGUCAAACUGUAUUUGUCAUUAG